CGUAUUUACUUUUAAGGCGUAGCUUACAUUUCCGGAAGUUUUCCCUCACUGCUGCAACUACGUGGACUGCAUGGACGCCACCCAGCAGAUCGAGGACUCCUUCUUCGGAGAGGAGGAUAACUCUGAUCAUGAGCAUGACCUGGAAGAAGGAAAAAGGCAAAGAAAGCCAUUGGCUUUACUGAAAGUUUUAAAAAACAACCACGUUCCAGAGACAGAGGUGCCUCUCUACCAAGGAGAGAAUGUUUUAGGAAGAGAUCCUACAUCGUGCUCUGUGCCGAUCGAAGCCCGUUCCAUAUCCAGCCGUCAUGCCGUCAUCUCCGUUUCCACGUUCGGUGCUAACGACCCUCGUGGUCACAAUGAAGCUACAGAAGCCCUGCUGUGGGACCUGGGCAGCUUAAACGGCACCAGGAAGGGUCGGCUUAAACUGACCCCACACGUACGCUAUGCGCUGACUGAAGGAGACGGCGUGGUGCUCGCCGAUCUGCCCUGCCAGUACGUCGUCUUAAACAACGCAGAAAGGAGCACGGUUACGUCCGCAGCUGACGGAGGGAGAGGGAAAGCGAAGGGUCAGACGUCCGGUUGCAGCGGCUCCAAAGGAGUGGAGAACGGUUCGAAGAAGAAUAAUGCGCUACCUCCUGUUCCAGUGUGGCCUGUUGAAGCGAAAAGUCCGUCGUCGACGACCCCUAAGAAGCCAGAGAGGACCCUGGUGCCUGAGUCGGAAUCAGAUUCUGAUGGCGAGAAGCAUACAAGAAGAGACAGGAGGAGGAUUGUGGACUCCGACUCUGCGUCUUCUGAUUUUUCCAGCCCAACAUGUUCGACAUUCCUGACUCCAGCAAACAAAGUCAUUCCAGAGAGUGAAGAUGAGAGCUCCAUUACUCCAUCCCCAGCACUGCAGGGGAGACUUGUAAAGACUGAGAACGACCCUGAAGUCUCUGCAGACUCCUCGAAACCUGACCCGCUCCUCUUCAACAUAGACAGCGAUUCGGACGUUGAGGACGAAGACGUUGAAGCGGCAAAAGUGACGCCGGGAACCGAGGCUGCUCCCCCAUCUGGAGCGGGCGCUAAAAAUCCUGUCGGUCUGCACAUGGACAGCGACACCGAUGUAGAGGAGGACUUAAUGGAAAAAGACAAAAAGGAUCCCAAUGUUUUGGCGGCACCCGUGAAACAGGACUCUGUAAAUCCGGCCGCACUGAACAUGGACAGCGAUACCGACGUAGAGGAGGACGAGCUGGUUAAAACAGACACCACGGAGAAGAAAGAAACUGCGAGUUCUGGCCAGUUCCACUUAGAGAGCGACACCGACGUAGAGGAGGACGUAAUGGAAAAAGACAAAAAGGAUCCCAAUGUUUUGGCGGCACCCGUGAAACAGGACUCUGUAAAUCCGGCCGCACUGAACAUGGACAGCGAUACCGACGUAGAGGAGGACGAGCCGGUUAAAACAGACACCACGGAGAAGAAAGAAACUGCGGUUCUGCAGUUCCACUUAGAGAGCGACACCGGCGUAGAGGAGGACGUAAUGGAAAAAGACAAAAACGAUCCCAAAAUUUUGGAGGCACCCGUGGUACAGGACUCGGUAAAUCCGGCUGCACUGAACAUGGACAGCGAUACCGACAUAGAGGAGGACGAGCCGGUUAAAACAGACACCAUUGACAAGAAAAAAACUGCCAAUUCUGGCCAGUUCCACUUAGAGAGCGACACCGAUGUAGAGGACGAGGAUGUCCCUCAUAUCCAAGAUUCCCGACCCAAACUGAGUCACGUGGCGGAGCUCAACAUGAACAGCGACACUGAUGUAGAAGAAGAGGAGGUUAAAGGGACAGGAAAAGCUAAGGAGCCACCAUUAGACGACAUGACAGAUGGCAAAGACGGCAGAAUUUUAGGUCAUCAGUCAGACAGCGAUACAGAUGUGGAGGAUGAUGUCACUGAGAUCAGAACUCCUGCUGCAGCCAAGGAAACAGGAAGCUCUCAGACACGUUCAGAUAUCCAGAACGCUAGUGAACGCAGCACAGACGCACGACACGAGAGUCCUGUUCAAGCCCAGCAUCCUGCUGAAACAGUGCAGGAGGAGUUCAGACUGGACAGCGACACAGACGUGGAGGAGGAUGAAGAGAAGACCGAGGAGAAAGAACAGAAGUCAGCAACAGAAGCUGCAGUCGUACACAUUGUCCAUUCGUCUACACCAAGAGGAGCAGGCUUGUCUGAGGAGAUGGAAAUGGAAGCAUUCCUCAGUCCAACUCAGCUGUUCAAACGGCCGGUUCUCCCCUCUCUGCUUCACCCGUCCGUCUCUCCUGGAGCGCUCGGUCACAGUGAUGAUGAAUUUGCUGUGGCUGAAACUCAGUCCUUUGUGUGUGAUGCUGCUCAAGCUGACGCUACUCUCGACGAGACGCCGCCGUCGCCGGUUAGUGUGGAAUCGCGGCGCUCAGACGGAGCCUCGUCCUUCCAGCUGGGCCUAUCAGACAGCAGCCAUCAACUGCCAGAAGCUCGAGAGCAUAACCGGGAACCUGCAGAGGACGACUGGCAGCUGCAGGCAACUCAGUUAUACGCGAUGAAAAAUUCAGAAGACAGUACUAAAGCUGGGCAAACGCAGCCGGAUCUGGAUGCUACGCAGGCUUACACCGAUGUGACGGAAAUAGAUGAGGAGGAAGAUGUUGGAAAAAAAGAGGGAAAAGGAGAACAAGACACUCAUACUGCUGAAAAAGUGCUCAUCAAACACAGCGCGUGGAAAGACGAGAACAGUGACGUCGUCGUUAGUGAACCGGAAAAAACGACGGAAGAGGAUGAAGAGAUGCGAGUGGAUUCGCAUCUCUCCACUGCAGACACUCUGCUGAUCGUCAGGAGCCCGAGGCAGGAGGAGCAGACUCAAGCCGGCGUCUUCCUCGCAGCCCAAAGUAAAAAAGAACAGGAGGAGACAGAGACUGUGGAACAUGGGAGCAGGGAUAAGGAGCUGCAAGAGACAGAGAAGGCUCGAAAUGAAAGUGCGGAGCUGAAGAAUGAUGAAGGGCAAGCGAAGAAAGAGAAGAGUGAAGUAAUUAGAGUUGGACCAGAAGAGGAGCCUCUCCAGAUUGAUGAUCUCGCUCAGGUUGCUGUUGCCGGAACGCUGCCUAUGAGUGAGGAAGAAGAUGAAGAGGAUGAGGAGCAACCGAUUGAAACAAGCUCAAACAGAGGAACCCAUUCUGCUAAGGUUGACCUCGCUUAUGUUGCUGUUGCUGAAACGCUGCCUAUGUGUGAGGAUGAAGAUGGAGAGGAUGAAGAGCAACCGAUUGAAACAAGCUCAAACAGAGGAACCCAUUCUGCUAAGGUUGACCUCGCUUAUGUUGCUGUUGCUGAAACGCUGCCUAUGUGUGAGGAAGAAGAUGGAGAGGAGCUGAUUGAACCUAGCUCUAAAAGACCAAAGCAGCCUGCUAAGGUUGAAUCAACACAACCUCUUGAGCUUGAUGAUCUCACUCAUGUUGCUGUUGCCAAAACGCUUCCUAUGUGUGAGGUAGAAGAGGGAAAGGACGAAGAGCAGCUGGCUGAACCGAGCUCCAGCAGACCAAUGCAGCCUGCUGAGGUUGAAUCAACACAGCCUCUUGAGCUUGAAGAUCUCACUCAUGUUGCUACAGCCGAAACACUGCCUAUGUGUAAGGAAGAAGAGCAGAUUAAACCUAGCAGACGCCCUGGCAGGAGGAGACCGCCUGCUGGUGCUGUGCCAAAACAGAGCAUCAAGUCUGAUCAGGAGGAUAAAGAGGGGCAAGAGGGAGACCAAAAGAGUGAAGCAACAUUUACUAGGAGGUCCAGUAUGAGGAGAAUCGGUGCGAAGGCGAAGCCGGUUGAGUCGCGCACUACCAUUCCUGAAACCCUACCGAUGAAUGAAGAAGAGGAGGAACAGGAGGAAAAGGGACUGAGUGAAACCAAACCCGGUAGAAAAUCUAGCCGAAGAAGAACGACCUCUAAACCUGAGUCUACACAACCUCUCAAGCCUGAAACUGUGAAGAUGGAUGAAGAAGAGGGCGAGCAAGACUCUAAAAGGUGCCUGAGAGGAAAAGGAAGAGCAGCAUCUGGAAAGGGUAAACCCGUUGGGAAGAAGGGAAAGCGAGAGAAAGGAGAGCAAGAUUCAGGCAGUGAAGCGGAGGAGGACAGAGGGAAUAAAGGAAGACGACGAAAGGAUCUGAGGCAGAAAUCUAAAGAUGAUGACGAGGCCAGAAUCACAGAAAGCGAAGAAAUCGAACAUUUAAAAAGGCAAGAGGAAGAGGAGGAAAGAAAGAUACUGCAGAGGAAGAAGGAGGAAGAGGAAGCUAGAGAGAGGGAGGAAAGAGAAGAGAGCAUGAGACUGGAGAAGGAAAGGGAGGAGAGAGAAGAACGUGAAAAGAGGGAGCAGGAGAAAAGGAUAGAUUGAAAAAGAGAGAAUAGAGAGGAGAAGAAGGAAGAGGAAGAGAUAAAAGCAAGGGAGGAGAAGGAAAGGGUCAAGGAGAAGCAGCUGGAAAAGGAAAGGAGAGAGCAAGAAGAGAAAGAAAGGCAGGAACAAGAGAGGAUGGAAAGAGAAAAAUGGAAAGGGAAGAAAAGAAAAGCUAGAAAAGAAAAGAGAGAAAGACAAGCGCUUGAGGAAGAGCUUGAAAGAGAACGGAAAAACGAGAAAAGAGAGGAUCGCGAGAGAAAAAGGGAGAGUGAAGAGAGAACAGCAAGAGAAAGAAAUGAGGGAAGAGAAGGAAAAACAGGAAAAGGAAAUGGAACAGAGGAAGAAGGAAAAGAGAGCAAAGACAAUGAGAAGGGUAUGGAAAAAGAAGAGGGACAAGCACCAGGAAAACGGAAAACAUGGCUAGGAAGAAAGGGGAAAAAAAGCAUAAAAGGGGAGGAGCAAAAAUUAGAAGAAGGAACUGAGGAAAGAGUGGAGACUGAUCAAGAUUUCAGUGAGAAACAAAAACAAGAAGAUAAAACAGUGAGCGGUAAAAAGCGAGAGGAUGAACAACCCGAGAGUGACGCAAAACCCAGACGAGGCCGACGCACCACCAGAAAAUCUGUUGCGCCCCCUGCUGACGUGGAGGACGAAGGCGGUCCGGCUAAAAGAACUCGUUCGCGCUCUAACUCCUCAAACUCUGUCUGCUCGGAGCAGUCCACUCAGGAUAGCCUGAGCGAAGGAAGAAAAAGAUGGGGAAGGAGAAAAACUGCUGAAGAGGUGAAUGAGAAAAGCAGUGUAUCAGGCAGAAGAACAUGCACAGCGCCCUCUAGAGAGAGGGAGGACACAAAACAGGCUGCUCGUUCUCGCUCCAACUCCAGGAGCUCCGAACGAUCCAGCAGCAGCGUAGGCACUCGGAGCCAAGGCAGAGGAGGGAAAAGGAGGAAAACUUUAAAAGCUGAGGAGCAGGAAGGAAAGGAGGUGGAAGUGGGAAAACAGUCAGCAGCUGUAGGGAGAGGAAGAGGACGUGGAAGAGCACGAGGUGGGAAACAUCCCGGUCCAAAUGUCAUAAAAGCGGAGACUGCUGGUGAGCUCGAGGAGCCUAAACCCGAGGUCCCAGCCGUUUCCAAGGACAGUGUUACGAGCCCGAGCAGCAGCAGGGGGCGUAAAAGAGGUACUGAUGUUUUAGUGCUGACGCCAGAAACUCCUCAGCCGACUCCUAAAACCCCUAGGCGCUCUAUAACCGGACCGACACACAAGGUUCUAUUUACAGGAGUAGUGGAUGAGGACGGGGAAAAGGUGGUGACGCGUCUGGGUGGAAGCCUGGCCAAAGGCGUAGGCGAUAUGACCCACCUAGUGACGGAUAAAGUCCGUCGGACCGUGAAGUUUCUGUGCGCCGUGGCCAGAGGAGUGCCGAUCGUAACCCCUGAUUGGCUGAGAAAGUGUGGUAAAGCCGGAAGCUUCCUCUCACCUAAUGGAUUCCUAGUAAAAGAUGUAGAGCAGGAGAAGAGAUUUAACUUCAGUCUACAAGAUGCUCUAAGAGCAGCCAGCUCUCAGACUUUAUUGCAGGGCUAUGAAAUCCAUGUAACGCCCUCUGUGAAACCCGAACCGGCUCAGAUGAAAGAAAUCAUCACCUGCUGUGGGGCACGCUUUCUUCCCAAAAUGCCCUCCGCCCACAAGGCUCAGACCAUAGUGGUGGUGUCGUGUGAAGAGGAUCGGGCGUUGUGCGAAAGAGCUCGGAGUUUGGCUCUUCCCGUGGUCAGCGCCGAGUUCCUGCUGACCGGCAUCCUGCAGCAAAAAGCAGACGUCCAAACACACGCGCUGUCUCUUUCGCCUGCUGCUGCUGCUGCUGCUGCGCAGACAAAACCUGCUGCACGCAGCCGGGGAAAGUAGUUUCUGGACGUACAAAAAAAAAACGAACAAAAAAAGCUGCUAUUAAAUAACCAGUGCUUAAUACAUCCCUGAA